GCCCUUCCUUUGAGUGUAGUUCUAGCAUCCCUACUCCCGCCGAAUAAGUGAAUAAUAAUUAGGGUUUAGGGUUUUAGCGUCUUCUCCAUGAGUCUCUCUCGAUCCCUCUCAAGACUUCUUUCCUCCUCAAAUCCCCAGAAAUGUCCACUCCUUCGAUCUUCCUCUUUCUCUGCCGAAACCCUAACCAAAUCACCAAUCAAACGCGCCAUUAAAAGAAACCCUAAGUCCUCAACCUCCGAUUUUCCUCGACCUAGCGAGAUCCCGUUUCAGACCAAAGUCGCCAAUUCCGUGCACCUUGUGGGGUCCCUUGCCGUGCCAGUCCAGCUCCAGACCUUACCCAGUGGUGCCUUUGCCGUCUCGGUCCUCGUUCAGGAGAGCACGAAGAAGGGUACACCUCAGUUAUGCAUUCCAGUAAUUUUUCGAGGUGAUCUGGCCCACAUUGCUGCUUGUCACUUGAAGGAGAAUGACCUUGUCUAUGUUACUGGACAACUUAGUGGAGAAGCAUUACCGCGGGAAGUUGAAGAUAACUCUGAAAAGACUGUUGAAAGUUCUCAAAGCCAUAUUCAGGUUGUAGCCAAUAGCCUAAGUUUUGUGCAAAAAACUUCUCCAGGGAAAGAAAAUGACACACUGUAUGAUCAAGAUAACAUAGCUUCUGAUAUUUCAGCGCUUUGUGAGGUAGAGGAAACUCCGUCAAAUCUGCACUUGUGGCGCGACCUUUUUGAUCACCCUGAGGAGUGGUGGGAUAACAGAUCAAGCAAGAGUAAUCGAGCACGUGCAGCAUUUAAACAUAAGAAAAGCGGCCAACAGCUUUGGAUAAAUGAUUCUACCCCAGAAUGGGUUCUCUCUAAAUUGGAUAUGCUUGGACAAACACCUUCAAGUGGCACUAAUAACGAACGGAACAAUAAUGCUAAGAGCUUAUGGAAUGACCUUGUAGAUAAUCCACAACAAUGGUGGGAUAACCGUGGGGAUAAGCUAAAAGGAUUGGUAAAUGGGAAGUACCCAGAUUUUAAACAGAAGGAUACAAAGAAAGGAUUAUGGCUUGACACUGCACCAGAUUGGGUGUUAUUGAAACUUAAUGGUCUAGUAUUUGGUAGCAGCAACAGUACAACAAAAAGCGAAAAGGAGAAUCUCUGGAGAGACCUCGUGGAGAAUCCAAACAAAUGGUGGGACAAGCGAUCGAACAAGAUAAAACCUAUACAUCCAGACUUUAAGCACAAGGACACCGGCGAGGCUCUAUGGAUUGGCUCUUCUACACCUUCAUGGGUUUUACCGAAAUUGCCUCCUGUUGUCACGGCGCAAAAUGUUGAUCUGGAAAAAGCAAUCCUACAGUCUGAUACUCGCUAAGCCUGCAGUACAUACAAAUUCUUAUCAACUGAAAGCUUUUUGCCCUUUCAUGUGAAGCAUGCGGAUUCCUGUAGACAGUUUCUCUUGUGGCCGAUAUAUUCUUUAUAAGCAUCCAUGUCCGAUCGAGGCGGUCUAAUAUGCCCAGAAUUGCAUACCUUGCAUGCAUGCCUGUAGAUUAUCAUAAGUGUAAGAAACGCUGCUUGUUCACAGAUAUAUGCGGCUGAUUUUUACCAUGGGAUGAUUUUAAACACAAUCCAUCUGGUAGAUGUAGAUGGAGUAGUAAUUGAUGUAACUUAACAGUGGCUAGUUAAAAUUGAAAUUAAAUAGUCCAAGAAAGUACAUAUGUUCUAUUUUGAUCUUUUAUCUCAUGUUAUGUUAGCAUCGUUCGGAUCGCAUCGCGUAAAACUCAUUCGUAUCA